AUGGCUAUGGUUCUACAAGCAAAUCGUAUGACAAGCGGCAACAGCAGUACAGUUUCAAUGGAUGCAUACAAGCCGCUGCAUCAUAAAUCUUGUUCAUCAACAUCAUCGACACCGCCUCGUUCUGCGUCACCAGUAAAUAAUCAAGAAGAUAGUUUUCGUCGAAUGAUUUUCGAUAAAGUCGAUGAAGGCAAACGUGAUAUGGAUCCGCACAAAUGUCAACAGAUCUUGGACGAUCUUAUGAAAAUGUUGAAACAUCUUACGGCAGAUGUGAAUAAUUAUAAUUUAGCCUUCCGAGAAACCCGACCACCAUUUUAUAUGCAAGAAUUUCAACGUUUAACUGAUCGAAUCGAAAUUCUAACGAAAGCUCGUGAUAGUCUAACCGAAUAUCUUCGUGAAGUUGAACAUCAAAACAAUUCUCCAGUAUUUCCGUCGUCUUCACCCAUCAAUGAUGUCCCAUUGGAAAAUAGCCACUAUUCGAAUCAAUCUCAAUAUUCUCCAUUAGACAAAUCUCCUCAACAACCGAAAAUAUCUUUCUCACCUAAUCAACUGAAUUCGAAAGAUAUCUACAUCCACGAUUAUUCCACGCCAAACAAUGAUCAACAAACAACUUAUCAUUAUUAUCCUUUGACACCACCAAUAUCAACACAUGUAUCCCCUUAUUCGGCAAGUUAUUUUAGUCAACGAUCACGCAGUCCAAGCAUGACGCCAAGUAAUUUCAUACGUGUUCACUUUCCAAAUAAGCAUACAACAGCCUUUGCGCCACGUAAUGAUGAAACACUUGAAAUUGCACUUGAAUCACGUGCUCUCCGACAUUCAGUAACAAAUCUAAGAGCCUAUACACCUGUUUAUAUGAUAUCAAGACAACCGUGUCCAUGGGAUAUAACACUCGAUCGAGUACUAGAAACUGAAAUCGAACUUGAAGAGAAAACGAAACUUGAUCACUCAUUUAUUCGCAAAACAUUUUUCGCAUUAACAUAUUGUGACGCGUGUCAUAAAUUGUUAUUUCAAGGACUACGUUGUCUUGAAACGAUAUCAACAUCUCGUUUCUCUUUUGUUCGUGUUCGUUGUGCUGUUUGCCACCAUCGUAUUCACGAGAGUCAUAAACAUUGUGUUCUAUGUAAGAAUCAUUAUCACAAUCAUUGUCAUAUCAAAGUACCAGUAUGUUCACAACCGAUCAUUGACCAUAUUCAACAUCGUAGUCCAAAUCGAUUAGAUGUUGAACGCACGAUAACACAAACUCGAACUAAAGAACAAUCACGGAGUCUACCGCGAAUUCCAGUAUCGAGAGUUGACAUCAGUGCAAAUCAUGCAGUUGAUCCGCAAAAAGAUAUUAGUCAGGAUUUACACAGUGUUUCAUCCGAAUCUUCAUCGUCGUCAUUAUCAUUAUACAUUCGUCGCACGUCUCCAUUAUUGUUGACUGUCAAUGGAUCAAUUAUUACCAGUCCGGAAAAUCUUCGACCCAGCCUAACGAGACCAUCAAGUGAUGGAAUUUCUGACGUCAAAAAAUCGUCACAUAAACUAAGCGAAUGGGAAAUUCGACCUGAAGACUUGCUCAAUCGUGGUCGAAUGGUCGGUCGUGGCACCUAUGGUAGUGUAUAUAAAGCGGAAGUUCGAUUACAUGGUCUAGUCGCACUAAAAGAAUUGAAUUUUAUAUCACCAACACCUAGUCAAUAUCAAGCGUUUCGAAAUGAAGUGAUUGCUCUCAAGAAAAUCACACAUCAAAAUACAUUGAACUUCCUAGGAUAUAUGCUGUCACCUCGUUUUGCAAUUGUCACGCAAUGGUGCGAGGGUUCAACGCUCUAUAAACAUAUUCAUAUACUGGAUCGUCAUUGGAAAAUCACGCAAUUAAUUGAUAUAGCACGACAGUUAUGUCAAGGAAUGUCAUAUUUGCAUGAUCGUGGAAUAAUCCAUCGAGAUCUCAAAUCGAGUAAUGUCUUUUUGGAUAUGUGCGCUGAAACCGAAGAUGUCGGUGUUUCUUGGCGUGUGAAAAUUGGCGAUUUCGGCUUAGCAGCAGUCAAAACUGUUCUAGCUGAAGGUGUUAAUCAACAAUUUCAACCCACUGGUUCAGUUCUUUGGAUGGCGCCAGAAGUUAUUCAACAAAAGGAUCCGAAUUGUUAUUCACCAGGUGCUGAUAUAUACGCUUAUGGCUGUGUGCUCUUUGAAAUGUUCAGUGGAAAAUUGCCACAUACGCCAUUAAGUAAUAAAGAGCAGAUAAUGUGGCUGGUAGGGAAAGGUCGUUUAAAAUUAAAAGUUGAACAGUGUCGUGACGAUACACCAGCAACAAUCACUAACCUUAUACGACAGUGUACAGAAUAUGACCGCGAAAAACGACCGAAUUUCGCUCCAGAUAUCAACGAUACAUUAUCGAAAUUCGAAUGUGUAUUUCCACGUCUACAACGUUCACAGUCCGAGCCGUGUCUCAUUCGAACACAUCAUGACGACCUACUUGGUCUAUCGAUACAUUUCGGUGUGCCCAAAACACCCGUCUCCAUUCACCGACGCUUUAAUGCUGAAGUUUCAUGA